AUGAAGUUAGAAAGCAUCUUUUAAUGGACUUUUUUCCCCUUAUAGCUGAUUAUGGAAGAUUCCCACAAGCGUAACACUCCAGAGACAGCACCUCAACCUGGUUCAGCAGUUCAGGGAACUCAUAUUUCACAUAUUGCUCAACAGGUAUCAUCUUUAUCAGAAAGUGAAGAGUCUCAGGACUCAUCUGACAGUAUAGGCUCCUCCCAGAAAGCCCACGGGAUCCUAGCACGGCGUCCAUCUUACAGAAAAAUUUUGAAAGACCUAUCUUCUGAAGAUACGCGGGGCAGAAAAGGAAACGGAGAAAACCCUGGAGUUUCUGCUGUCACGUCUAUGUCUGUUCCAACUUCCAUCUACCAGACUAGCACCGGACAGUACAUUGCCAUUGCCCCAAAUGGAGCCUUACAGCUGGCCAGUCCAGGCACAGAUGGAGUACAGGGACUUCAGACAUUAAGCAUGACAAAUUCGGGCAGUACUCAGCAAGGCACAACAAUUCUCCAGUAUGCACAGACCUCUGAUGGACAGCAAAUACUUGUGCCCAGCAACCAGGUGGUUGUACAGACUGCAUCAGGAGAUAUGCAGACAUAUCAGAUCCGUACCACACCUUCAGCUACUUCACUGCCACAAACUGUGGUGAUGACAUCUCCUGUGACUCUUACAUCUCAGACAACUAAGACAGAUGACCCCCAAUUGAAAAGAGAAAUAAGAUUGAUGAAAAACAGAGAAGCUGCUCGAGAAUGUCGCAGAAAGAAGAAAGAAUAUGUGAAAUGCCUGGAAAAUCGAGUUGCUGUCCUGGAAAAUCAAAAUAAGACUCUAAUCGAAGAGUUAAAAACUUUGAAAGAUCUUUAUUCCCAUAAAAGUGUUUGAUUCUUCAGAAAGAAAAUAUUUUUGUGGACUUGCCUAAAAAUUAGAUGGAUUUUUUUUCUUUUUAGUGGAGUUUUAUAAGUUAAAAGGUCAAAAAUGAAGCCUUUUAUUUAGGCUUUUGCAACUGAAAGAUAACUAUCUUAUGCAAGAGAUCUGGUGACAGAGGAUCAAGUGGAGAAUGACCUCAAGGAAGUUACUGGCACAACCGGAAGCUCUGUAAACUUAAACAACACAAACUCAGGAAACAGGAAAUGAACUCGCACAUUUAAAAUUUCCAAAUAACAAUAGCUGUCAAUAAUCCAAAAAUAGAUAAGAUGAAAUUUGGUUAAUUGAAUUUUUAAAAAUAAAUCAGUUUACCCUAUAGGUUUGCAUUUCUUACUGUUUCCUAAAAUCUACCUUUUCAGUUGUGUAUUUUAUUUCUGCAACAAAUCCUAAAUAACAAAAUAAAAGCUAAAACAACUAUAUAAAUUAUGUGUUCUGAUUAUGUAUACUUGUUCUAUUGUCAGGUCUUUUAAAUUGGUUUUUAAAAGUUUGUUUAUUGGGCUUGAGAGGGUUUUGAGACUCGGUCAACUAUUUUUGAGGCCUUGCCCUACAAGGCAUCUAAGGUACCUGAAUGAAGUGUGGUGACUUGGUAAUAUUUUUUUUAUCAGAAUGGAAAUAAAAUGUUUAAAACUACAGCCCUUUUAAACAGUUUGUUUUCUGGUUACUCUGGGAAUGAUGAUUUUUUACAAAUAUAUAAGAAAUUGUUUUUUGAUUCUAUAUUCUGUAUGCAUUUGAAUAUACAUUACUUAUUCUGUUGUGCUUUAAUAGAAUGUUUACAGGCCCUUGAGAUAAUAUUAGAGUAUUUUUUAAAACCUGAAGAUGCAUACCAAAGUUUUCCAAGAGGAUUUUAAUCAAUUUAAUGUAAGGUUUAUCAAUUUAAUGUAAGAUUCUAAAAUAGUACAGUUAUUUAAGGCAAUUUUACGUUAGAGACUAUUUUGUAAUGCAGUGAAUGGUACAUUUAUAAGAAAGUGACUGCCAAUAUAUUUUUAUAGCUAAUCUUUAUAAAUUCUAAAGUUGAGUUUUUAAUGAUUAAAUUUUUAUAUAGUGUGUUUAGUAAAAAAAAUAUUUUGCAUCUCAAAUGUAUCAUUUUUAUAUAUAACGGGAAGUUCCCAGAUUGGCUAAUAUUUGAAUUGUAAGUUUCAUAUGCAGUUUAUCCAAAAUUCAAAAAUGCUGUCAGUACACCAGUGUUGAACCUCUGUAUUCCAAUUUGUAUACACUUUGAAAUUGUACUGCAAAACUAUUGUGUGCUUAAUGUAUUGUUGUCUAUGAAAUUAAAGAACAUCUGAUAACAUUAA